CCUUUGCUAGGCUCGCCCCUCCUAUUCUCGACUAAAAGUGCUCGGGCUCCCGUACUGCAAUAAAGCGCUAUUGUCUCCAGUCCGGACGCGCUUGCUUGCCAUCGGAACCAAGCACAUUCCACAUACAUGAAGACUUGUAACCCCCCCCACUACGAGAGACCAAGCGCUGUUGUGAAGGGAAGCCACACAUGCAGAGAGCUUUGGAAGUGCUGAGACUGAAGAAGGAUUUUCAACAGUUUUGUUCUUUCUGACCAUCGGUCUUGUCCCGUGGAUAGGAGAUCAAAUUGAGCUAACUUGUGGUAACACAGAAUUACGAUCUCUUCGUUACGCCAACUGCUGUAGUCUAUUGAGGCAUACAUCCGAGUUUUCGCCCGCCUGCAGUGGAACGUGUCUAAAGACCGUUCUUUGUCUUUGGAGGGGGUGGUGGGGUUAUGCGAGGACGCUGACAUCAUGAAGCCCUUCCUCCUGCUCCUCCUCUUCCUCCUGCUCUCCGCCCAGGCGCUGACCAGCGACUGCCCCCAGGACUGCUCUUGCCCCGACCGGGACUCCAUCUUCUGCUACCAGCGACGCUCCAGCUCCGUGCCCCAGGGGCUCCCGGCCCCCACCAAAAACCUCUACCUCUUCCAGAACGGCAUUAGCACCCUGUCCCGGGACGACUUCGCUGGUUUGAGUGGGCUGGAGAUGCUGGACCUGAGCCAGAAUCUGCUGUCUGAGAUUUCGGACCGGGCCUUCGAGCUCCUCUCCUCCCUGCACAACCUGGACCUGUCCUCCAACCUCAUCACCCGCGUCCACCGCGACAGCUUCUCCGGCCUGACGCUGCUGCAGCGCCUCUAUCUCCACGGCAACCACAUCCAGAGCAUCCACCCGGAGGCCUUCUGGGGGCUGGACCAGCUGCUGGAGCUGAAGCUGCAGGGGAACCAGCUGACGGGCCUGCCAGCCCUGCGCCUGCCCAGGCUGCUGCUGCUGGACCUCAGCCACAACACUGGCCUGUCCCCCCCGGCCCCCGCCGACCUCCAGACGCCCAACCUGGAGUCCCUCAAGAUGGCCGGGCUGGGCAUCUCCCAGCUGAGCGGGGACCUGCUGCGGUCGCUGGGCAACCUGCACGAGCUGGACGUGUCGCGGAACCAGCUGAGGGAGGUGCCGGUGGCCCUGGGGGAGGCGGGGCGGGGGUUGACCCAGCUCAGCCUGGCGGGGAACCCCAUGGCCCAGCCGGGCCCCCGGCCCGAGGAACUCCAGAACCUGCGGGGGCUUCAGGAGCUGGACCUGAGCGGCCUCAACAUGCAGGGCCUGCCCGAGGGCUUCCGCCAUCUCUUCCCCAGGCUCCGCCUCCUCACUGCCGCCGAGAACCCCUUCAACUGCCUCUGCCCCCUGGCCUGGCUGCCCGGCUGGCUCAGGGAGGGACGAGUGCAGCUGGGACGUCCCGAGGAGACCCGCUGCCACUUCCCUCCGCUCAACGCCGGGAAGGUCCUGGCCAGGCUGGAGCGUGCUGAUUUCGGCUGCCCCCCCACGACCGCCGCCCCCGCCAGCACAGUGAGGAGCUCCACCCCCCCUCCCCGGCCUCCCCAGGUUUUCAGCACCCCUCCUGGCACCACCCCACCCCCGGCCCUACCCCCACCCCCACCCCCUCCCCUCCCUAGCGAUACCCCCUCCCCAGUGGAGUACGACAACAAGCCGCCCCUCUCUCCAGCGUCCCCCAGCAGCAGCAGCCGGGAAGCCAUGGACUCGGACCCGCACAUCUGCCCCUCCAACAUCUGCCUAAAUGGGGGCACGUGCCUGCUGCACGCCCAGGGGGAGCUGGAGUGCGCCUGCUCACGCGGGACAUCCGGCCCCUACUGCGAAACCCGCGAGGAGCUCCCGCCGCCUCCCCCUCCGCCUCCGCCCCACCACCUCCCACUGGUCCCGCCCACCCUCGUGGCCGCGGCGCCCGACCCUGACCUGGGGUCCCGGCAGGUGACCAGCACGUCCAUCCUGCUGGACCUGCAGCGCUUCAUCCAGAAGCGGCCGUACCUGCGCGGGAUCCGCCUCACCUACCGGAACCUGUCGGGCCCGGACCGCCGGCCCGUGGAGCUCAGCGUCCCGGCCUCGUACCCGGAGUACACUCUCCGGGGGCUCCGCCCAAACUCCACCUACUCCAUCUGCGCGGGACCCCUGGGGGCGUCGCCCAGCGGGGUGGGGGCGGACCGGUCCUGCAUCGAGGCCCAAACCGCGGCGCAGCCGCCCCACAGACCCGACCCCACGGCCGUGCCCUGGAACUCGGGGGCCACCCCCCACGCGGCCCCGGAGCCGCGCGUGGAGGACGGGCAGCUGGUGACGGCCCUGGCGCCCGCCCUGGCCGCCGCGCUCACGGUUGCCGUGGCAAUGGCGGUCGCCGCGGGAACGGUCUACUACUUGCGCCGCAGGCGGGCCAAGGGGGCCCACCCAGACAUGUGCUCCGAGGACCCCUCCCCUCUGGAGCUGGAGGGGGUCAAGGCCAGCUUGGACAACGGGACCCUGCCCCAGAAGCAGCCCGAAAUAAAGCCAGCAUCCUCCUGCCCCUGGAACGGGGAGUGCGAAGUGCCGCUCAUGCAGACGCACUGUUCCGCCAAUAACAACCUGGCCUCACUCAAGCCCUCCUACUUCUGACCUCAGUGCCACUGUGUCGUUUGGACCUCCUCUCACCAGAGGGCACUUUCUGGCAGUUUCAUCUUCUCUCCUGCUCUGGAGACACUGAGAGACCAUAGAGGGCAGGAGGGAGAUGGGGCAUUGCAAACUGGCCAGCUGAGUUAACAAUGGACAAAAAAAACUUAUUGACACACAUUCAAGUGCAAUGUCCAGUAGAGGUCAUGUUUUUUUUUUUAAAUAUAAAACUGAAGUGCCUUGUUUGCAUAUACCCAUGCUCAGUUUAUGUUUUAAUGUCAGUUUUUUGACAUUCAAUUUUUUGAACAUUUUUAUUUUAGUACUUUUAAAUAUGAAUAAUCUCGGCAGUCACUUUGCUGGACUUGCACACAGGGAGGCACAUCUGUGAACGCGCAGAGGCCAGCGCCUGCCCUCUGGAGAGGUCAAAGGUCAUGCAGGGAGGAAGGGGUGGGGACGGUAAAGCAGGAGACUAAAAAAAAACUUGCGCACCUCACCCGUGCAGCACUUGGACCGCUCCCUGGAUUCUGUGCACUGAACACAUUGGUUCCUCUAGGGAAACUUGCACUGAGAGGAGAACUGCCAGUAUACCCUUGAGCAAGGUACUCAACCUGAAUUUCUUCAGCAUGUGUCCAGCUGUAUAAAUGGAUGCAAUUUAAGUGCUAUACGUUGCGUAAGGUGCUCCGGAUAAGUCAUUCUCUUAAGAGAAGAGGUCUCUCUCCCAUUGCUGAGCACAAUGGCACACCAGCUGCCCCCCCUUAGGGAUUUUUUUUUUACUUGCUGUGAAAGACAAAGAACCUGAAUGAAGACACAGACUGAGAGUCAUAAGCCUGAGUCUGAGCUCACCGCGACUUUAGUGCAAAGUUUCCUACCUUCUCACUUUUGCUACUUUUUCAUGUUUUUUUAUUGGUAUUAUUAUUAUUGUUAUUGUUGUUGUCUAUUUUGUUGUCAUUUUUUCCAAUGAUGUGACCUGACUGUAGCAAACAACCCUUCCCUUCUCCCCACCCAAAAUUUUACAAAUCAGAUCCAAGUCUUUGAGCAUUAAAAAAAAAACUUUUAUAUUUUUUUUAUUAAACUGACAAAGUCAAUCUUACACUUUGCCCUAACUACAUCUGAAAGCCAUACUGUCACACAUACAAUUCACACAAGCUCGACAGUUGAAAACAUUAUCCCAAAAUAAUUUCUUCCCCCUAUCGCACCACGAACACCAAACACACACAGAUGUGCCAGAUUACAAAAAAUUACCAACAUGAUUGACUGAAUUCCUCCACGUUUUCCUGCCCUCUUCUGUGCUUCUAAAGUAUUCUCAAAAUCUCGCAGGCACGUACUAGCUGGCCAAUGAAAGAGAACAGAGGGGAGAAGACACAGGGAAAGGUUUCUUCAAAGCCCUCGGGGGUAUUUACUGUUGGUGUCUCUAAGUGGAAUGAGGUCACUUCCUGGUCUUUGAUUGACAGGGUCGCCCUACCUUGUAGUCAGAUUUGCUGUGGUAUGUGUUUGUGUUUUUUUUCUUCUUCUUUUUUACCCUGAAGCUGAUCUGGCUUCUUCUGGUCUUUGUUUGGUAUGCCUCUCGCUCUCUGGGGAAAUUGGGAUUCUCUUUGGUUUUUGUGGUGGGUUGGGGGGUUGGGGGGCGGGGGGUUGGGGUACACUGAAGGAAAACAAGGUAUGUUCCUCUGAGAAAGGGAAAAACACAAGUCAGUCUGUAGAAGUACUAGGUGAAUAGUGUAUGCUACACACACAGACACGCCUGCAAACACAGACGCUCUCUCUCGCUCUCUGUCUUCUGUGUGUUUAUCUGUGCUACGGACGAAGCGGUGGAUGUUGGGCAGCUGGGUGGUGAAGGAGAGGUGCAUGGGGCUGUUAUUUAGAUGAUUGCAGGUAAAGACCCCAGGUGGCACAGGACUGUUGUGCCUCCAGCAGGGAUUGACAGCUAAUUCCCAGCUGGACUGUGGGUGCCUGCUAACCAGAAACUUUGGUGCACCAUACACACCAUGAAAACUGAAGGCUGAAAUCUGGAUGGUCUGGUCUGGCCUCUUGCUGAGGAAUUUAGGGGAAAAUGUUACAUUCUCUAACAUAAAAGCAGAGGGUAAGGGAAAAAAGAUAAAGGGUAAAGUACAGAGAGGAAUGAUGUAGAGUAUGCAACAACAACAACCACAAAAAAUCACAAGAGUGAUACAUACUCAUUUACCAAAGGGGUACAUACUCAUGGACUUGGCACAACAAGGUCAUAGCACACAUUUUCAAAUGAGUGGUUCCAGGUAAUUUUAUCACAAUAUCAAACAUGCAUUUUGUUUGGGGUCUGCGGAGUCUCUCGUUGCAUUUUACACAUAGUCUAUAAUCGGUUUCUGCUAUUUGGUUUUCAUUAACAGUAUUUACUUAGGAGGCACCCUGUACUAGUGUAAUUUACAUAGUUGAGAUGUCAGCAUGUUGUGCAUUUACACAGCUGGGCAUUCGCUGGAGUGGUUCAGAUAAGGUAAAGAGCUCAAGGGCACGACAGCAAUGCACCAUUUGGGACUGGUGUUCUGUUCCAUCAGCCAAACUACUGCCCAACAGCACUACUGAGCACGCUCAAAUAUUCCUGCUACGCCGCUAUUUUCUGGAAUUUUCUGGCAACCAGUUAAUGCCUAGCAAAAGUGAGGCGUGUGAAUGGCUGCAGGCCUUAAUGAGGGAAUCGGCCUGGUUACCACAUGGCCUGAGCUGAUUCGUUCACUUGAGUGGUUCUGUACUGCGCACGCUCUGAUUGGUCAAUCAUUGUCUCAAGGAGCAUAGACACAGUUCCAGGUCUAGUUCUGUUUAGUCAAAAAUGAUGUAGACUUAAUUUGUGUCCGGUCGAGUGAUGUCACAAAGGACAAAGACACCAGUUCAGGCCUGGACGAGUGAUGUCACAAAGGACAAAGACACCAGUUCACGCCUGGAUGAGUGAUGUCAGAAUGGACAGCAGCAAGGAGAGCAUUCCCUUCUGGGUUCAGCUGAAUGAUGCCACAAAGCAUGCAGCCUAACUGGAUUUUAAAUAAAUCUGUCCUGGACUUGUUUUGAUAAUCCCAGUAUGGGCUCCAGUGGUAACCCUUAAAUCCUAUUUAUAGAGUCUGUCGUGAACAGAUGGAAGAGAGGCUUGAGAGAGGUUGCCUUGUGUAGAGAAGGAGCAGAUAAGGCCAGGGGGGUGCUGAGAUUUUGAGGGUGGGAGUAGAGAUGAGGUCGGCUGCUAGUUAGCCUCUUUGAGGAGAUGUAUUGCCCUUGUCCUCAAGGUCAGGAUCAUUAUUUGUCAUCUUCUCCUUCCUGGCAGUCCUCUGCUUCCUCAUCCCCUCUCUUUCUCAUCCUUUCUGAAUGCAGAUUUACUGAGAUGCACAUUGUCACUGAACAUUAUAUUGGGGAGGCAGAGACCUAUGCUGCACCUAUAGCCUGGCUACUGUUCUGAACGGUUUUGCUUUCAUAAUUCACAAACAGGCCCAGUGUACCCAUUAGCAUUUCUCAUGAAACAUUCGAUUGUAGCAAAGAAUCUGCGUUCACAUUAGAUAUUGUUGGUGCCAGUUUUUUUUAGCAAAGGGCAGAAAUCGGUAUUCAUCUCGUUAUACCAUUGCAAGCAGCCUGAAAUGAAGUUAACCCUGUAGAAACACUAAAAAAUUAUUUUUUGUUGUUGGAAUGUUAGGAAUGAGGAGGAGGAGGGAUGUUAAAGCAGCCAAGGUUCAGAAUAGUUCACGUAACAUCCCUUGCCUUCCCUGUUCAGAAACUUGCUAAGUACCGUCAAUGCUAAGGCCUGUGUCGGCUGAAAUGCUUGUAGAAAUAUCUGAUAUUUAAAUAUAUAGUGCAGAAGAACAAAAGAACAGAAAGCUUGAACUGGAAACCCGUGCU